AUGGCUUCCAAGUGUUGUGAUAACGUGUCCCUGCUGGUCUGCCUAAUCAUUAUCAUGUUUGGUAUGGGCUCCUUGAUCGCUCUCAAUGGGAUCUGGGUGGAGCUGCCCCUCCUCGUGGACCAACUUCCGGAGGGCUGGAACCUCCCCUCGUACAUGGCCGCAGUCAUCCAGAUCUCCAAUACCGGGCCCUUAACCUACACACUCACUAAAGCCUGCUGCCCGAGCAGAAAUUUUCAGAGACCGGUCGUGUACGCGAUGAUGAUUAUUGGAUCUACUGCGUCUUUAUUGCUGGCGUUCUUUUGGACGCGGACGUCCGUCAUUGGUGGCUUGGAGCACAGCACGGCCCUGCUUGUGUUGAUGUUCUUUCUAUCUUUCGUUGACUGUACGUCGUCAGUCGUGUUUUUACCCUUCAUGAAUGUAUUCAAACCGGAGUAUAUGGCGUCAUAUUAUGUCGGAGAAGGGUUUAGCGGGCUCAUUCCAAGUUUGGUGGCAUUAGGACAAGGUGUUGGUGACGUUGAAUGUGUAAACCAGAGCUUCACAAAUACGACUACAAAUGUCACAAAAUUUAGCACAGGCGCAGUAUAUUUGGAACCAAAUUUUCUAGUGAAAUAUUUCUUUCUGUUUGUAUUUUCAAAGAUGGUGACGUGUGGAAUAGCGUUCGUGUUACUAAACAACUUGCCUCUCUGCAAAAGGGAAUAUGCAGAUCGAGAAUCCAAAAGUUCACAUUCAUAUGAUCUCUAUGAAGAAAUAAACAUGGUAAGGACUCAGAAGUUCGUUAGUGAAACAUACGAAAACGAAGAACCAGAACCAAGUGUUGAGCACCAUGCAACGGUCAUAAAGUUAUCAAAGUGUUCUUACCUUACACUUCUAAUUGUUAUUGCGUGGACGAAUGCACUGACGAACGGGGUUCUUCCGUCCAUCCAAACAUACGCCUGCUUGCCGUACGGUUCAGAAUCAUACCACCUAGCGGUUACACUCUCCCAGAUCGCCAACCCUGCCGCCUGCUUUCUUGCCUUGUUUAUCCUUGUCGUUUCCGGUACAGUCCUAGGCGCGGUCACACUUACCGAAAGUGCGGUGUCCACCUACAUUCUCGCCCUCGCUGUGUACAGUCCAGCUCCGCCGCUCGUCGAUUCAGCUGCAGGACCAGUAUUAGCGAUAACGACGGUAUUCCGUCACGCGGGCGGUCGCGGGCUGCUGUGGUGCGAAGCCGUCACUCAACUAGGGUCUGUACUCGGGGCCGCCGCCAUGUUUGUUGUUGUGAACAUCUACCAAGGGUUUAUGCAGAAGUAG